UACUUUUAGUGCUACUAUAAACUAUCUUGUUUAUUUUGGGGAUCUAAAUUGAUUGACUAAAAUAAAUAAGCUCAGUUUUGAAAGAAAUUAGUAAUUUUGACGACAACAAUGAAGAAAAUGAAAGCGACGAAAAAGGAAAUUCAAAAACUAUGAUGCCGAUUGUCAAGUCGGCACCCUGAACGAGCGACUGCAGAGGCGUCACACGACGCCGACUUUACUUUCGGGGCCGAAUUUAAAGGGUCCGACGAGGAUGAGUCCGAAGGGACCCGGGAGCCAGGAGGGCCCAAAGAUGGAGGUGCGGGUGUCGUGUGUGCCGACGCCUGGCGCCGAACCACAGGACAUUCGCGUCCGUAUACCGGAACCGAAAAAACGGCCCAUGAGCCCACCUCUUCUCGAGUCCACCGCGUUGCGGACCAGGUGUCCAACUGUUUCGGAGAAAGACUUCUACCGGAAGACUUCGUCCUUGGAACGGCGGGACCGUUAUCCAACUCUAUCCGGCGCGGAGAUUAAGCGAGGCCUUAUGUCCAAUUCCGCAGAGCCACUACAAACACGUAGACGGAACCCGAUGUUGGACCGGAAAAAUCGAUAUCCUACUAUCACUGGUGCGGAACUCAAACGGAGUUUGGCGGUUGGCAAGUGUCCUCUCGAGGACGGUCUGGAUCUCAGCUUAGCACCGUGGCCCGGUAUGAAAUGGGCCUGCGUUCGAGUGCUGCAUCUCUACUGCAAGGUGUUCGACCAGUUCGAGCUGUUUGAGCUGAUCGUUAGAAAGAACUGCACUAGCUGCAAAUGUCCGCGCGAAGCCCACGAUGUCUGCCACGAAGAAUGGGUGUCCGUCAGAUCUCGUUUAGGACUUAAGGGCGAUGAGUCGAACGGACCAAUCGGUGUGGAUCCCAGAGAAAGAGGUCUCGCUUGGGCACCUCCUGGACUUCCGUCGCAUAAGGUGGAAGAAUAUUUCUCGAUGCUACCAGAGAUCGCUGUACCAAGACUCGGCACGCCUGGUGAACGGCACAGAGAUCGUCAGUUGGCGAUCCAGUUGCCUAAACAGGAUCUAGCAAGGGCCUAUUGUCGCCAUUUGGACCCCAAACAUGCCAGCAGCGCUGAUGAUUUCAUGGCCGCUAGGAAUGAGAUCGCGCUGGACAUUGGUAGCGUACAAGAAGUUCUCGAAAGAAACCUCGAGUGCAACGUGUGCGAAUCGUCCCUGAAAUAUGGCAACCUCGCCGUGUCAGCGAGCAAACUGGGUCUCCUCUAUCACCCGACGUGUUUUAGAUGCGCGGAUUGUAAGGAACUCCUGAUCGAUCUUGCUUAUUGCGUGCAUGACGACAUGCUUUUCUGCGAGAGGCAUUAUGCGGAACAACUUAAACCAAGAUGCGCUGCAUGCGACGAAUUGAUUUUCAGUGGCGAGUACACAAAGGCGAUGAACAAGGACUGGCACAGCGGUCACUUCUGUUGCUGGCAGUGCGACGAAUCCCUGACAGGACAGCGCUACGUUCUUAGAGACGAGCAUCCUUACUGCAUUAAGUGCUACGAAAGCGUUUUCGCCAAUGGCUGCGAGGAAUGCAGCAAAAUCAUCGGCAUUGACUCCAAGGAUCUGUCAUACAAGGAUAAGCAUUGGCAUGAGGCCUGCUUCCUCUGCAACAGGUGCAGAGUAUCCUUGGUGGACAAACAGUUCGGUAGCAAGGUGGACAAGAUCUACUGCGGCAACUGCUACGACUCCCAAUUCGCCAGCCGUUGUGAUGGAUGCGGCGAGAUCUUUCGUGCUGGCACUAAGAAGAUGGAAUACAAGACCAGACAAUGGCACGAGAAGUGCUUUUGCUGUGUGGUCUGCAAGAAUCCGAUCGGCACGAAGAGCUUCAUCCCGCGCGAGCAAGAGAUUUAUUGUGCCGGAUGUUAUGAGGACAAGUUUGCCACCCGGUGUGUUAAGUGCAACAAGAUUAUCACCAGCGGCGGCGUGACAUAUAAGAACGAACCAUGGCACAGAGAUUGCUUCACCUGCAGCAACUGCAACAAUUCUCUAGCGGGACAACGAUUCACGUCGCGCGACGACAAACCGUAUUGCGCUGAUUGCUUCGGCGAGCUCUUCGCCAAGAGGUGCACUUCUUGCUCCAAACCGAUCACCGGUAUUGGUGGCACUCGCUUCAUCUCAUUCGAAGACAGGCACUGGCAUAAUGACUGCUUCAUCUGCGCGGGUUGCAAAACUUCGUUGGUCGGACGUGGUUUCAUCACCGAUGGCGACGACAUCAUCUGCCCUGAGUGCGCUAAGAUGAAGCUGAUGUAAAGCAUGCGGUUUCAUAACGUCGAGAUUGACAACGAGAUCGACAGAUAGCAAAGCGAGCAAAGGGAGAGAAAGGAUGAGGAGCAAGACGCACUUCCGUUACGGAAUUUGUAUAGUCAAGCGGAUUCCGUUGCACGCCAUAAUAAUACCGUCGUCGCGAUCUUACUAGCCGUCAAUUCGAAUUUGAGACGCAUGCAAACGAUAAAGAACUUCGCAGUCACAUCGAGAGACGAGAUCGCGAGAAGACGUAAUAAAAAUUAUAAGUGUAAGAAAAAGAGUAGAUUUUUCGCGAUAAUUUUUGUUACGGAUAACCGACGUAUUUCGACGAGAUUUUCCGCGCCGACUUUUUUUCAGAGGAUGACGAAGCUCGAGAAUCCCCUGAUCAAGUUUUCGUCUUGGUCAGCACAGUGAUUUUACGAUCGCCGAUUAAUCGUUCGGAAAGGAAGGCGGCGUGAGAAAACGCGAGAGUCUUCUAGCUUCAUAGUCGUAGCGACAUUAAUCUAUUCAUUAUUUCGUUCUACGUGUAUUUAUGAGAACAUUGACGCGAAUUCGUCUGUGUUCGAAAUAAUGAUCUGCUCGAUCAUCGCGUCGGGAUAUCGAAGAGUGAAAGAGAUAUGAAUGAGAGAGAAGGGAAAAAGGAAUGCGCAAUCAGCGAGCUUGAUGAAAAGAAAUCAAAUCGCCUUAUUGUAAUAAAAUCGUUGAUACGGACACGUUGAUUAGGAUAAUGAAUAAACCCUAAGCGCUCCGCGUGCUCUCGUGAUGUUACUAAUAUUAAUAACGUUUUUUUUUUUGCUUUGUACAAUGGUAGAGAAAUAAGCGCGCGUGUGCGCGCACAAAGAGAGUCCUACAUAUUAUAUAUUCUUAUGAAAAAAACUAAAAUUUGAUAUAUACGUAUAGCGAUGUUAUUUCUAUUCGACUUGCACUCACACGAAAAACACGACGAUCUAACACGUACACACAAUCCACGUCACACACCGACACUAAUUUAUUCAAUUGACACAUCACAACUUUUUUUUUUCUUGCCUUCUUUGUACGAUGCUGUUAAUCUAAUUUCCGAAUAAAUAGUAUUAUAUUAUAGUUGUCAAUUUGUAGACGAAACUUUACGACAGUUUUUUACGUGAAAAUGAAGAAAACCUGUUACCGAUUUUCCAUAUACUAAAUAACUAUUUUCCAAAACUUAAUAUAUAUAGGUAAUAGAUUAUAUAGAUUUGAAUUUAAGAGAGAAGUAUUUUAAUGUUCCAGAAAUUGGUAAGAUGAAAAUUUUAUCGAUAAUUUAUUGAUUUCCAUAUUCGUUAUACACAGGAUACGAUAAACAAUAUGUAUGUAUUUUUCAGUUACGAUAUCCCGACUCUCUUCUCGGUCUUUCUCUCCCUUUCUCGUUCGUCGAGAAAAAUAAGCGCGCAACAUAGGGAUGCAUUAUCAUCCCGUGUGAGUCGCAUGCGCGCGUACACACAGUACAUACACGUAACACGACAAAUAUAUAUAAAUACACACAUACAUACGCUGCUGCAAACAUUUUUUGCAAUACAUAUUAAGGGUUUUGUUGAAAGAAAAAGAUACUGCAUAAAAGGGACAAAGCUCGCAUCCAUACACAUGCACGCAUAUACACAAGCAUAAACAAAUAUACAUCUACAUAUAAAUACACAUACGAACGAGUGUGCGGCGGACGCACACGUGGAAAUACUAAUUGUGGCCUUAUUCGCACCGAAUACCAUAGGAGUAAAAAAAGGGAACUAACUUAUAGUAAUUUACUUCGUUAUGAGAUAUUUAAUAUCAAAUUUAUUGUUAUACAACGCGAACGAAAAUAAGUGUAACGCCACGCGAACCGAGUCCAC